UUCCCGACUACAAUGAUGUUCCUCUACCUAGUAGCAGUAGCGCGAUUGGUGCCAGUAGUAGGCCUAUCGCACCUCCGGCUCGACAGUCAUUAACCUUUGGCACUCCGAAGGUGGCUCUGUCCACUCCUACCAAAAAUGUCGCCAGCACACCAUCCAGGGCAUCAUCUACGGUUCGCUCCAGUGCCGCCUCAAAAGCAAGCAGUGUGGCAUACCCAAACCCGGAUGUUGAUGAUCGUAAUGGCUACCGAGCAGUGGCGUACUUUGGGAACUGGGACAUUUACGCGCGCAAAUACUUUCCGCAGCAGGUUCCUGCGUCAAAGCUGACGCAUCUCCUCUACGCCUUCGCUGACAACACCCCUGAUGGUAACAUUACUUUGAGUGAUAGCUAUGCCGAUACAGAGAUUCAUCUUCCAGGCGAUUCCUGGUCUGACACUGGGAAGAAUGUUUACGGAUCCUUUAAGCAACUCGGUCUGCUCAAACAGAAGAAUCGCAACCUCAAGGUCCUCCUUAGUAUCGGUGGCUGGACUUACACGAACACGAAGAAGAAUCUGGAUCCUGUGGGCGCUAGUGAAGCGGCGAGGAAGAACUUUGCGGCCAGCUGUGUGGACAUGAUCAAGAAUUACGGGUUCGAUGGUAUUGAUGUGGACUGGGAAUAUCCACAGAGCACAGAACAAGGGCGCGAGUGGCUCGCACUGAUGCAGGAGGUUCGUCAAGCCUUGGACACCUAUGCGGAUGAUCUGUCACGAGACAAAGGUUAUGCAAAGGAAGCUCGUCCGCACUUCUUGCUGUCGAUUGCCGCACCGGCGGGUGCUGACAAUUACAACAAGCUCCCGCUGCGGGAGAUGGCGGAGGUGCUGGACAUGGUUAAUUUAAUGGCAUACGACUAUGCCGGGUCAUGGGAUAACGUCACGGCUCAUGCAUCUAACCUUGCACCCAGCAAAUCGAACCCAAAGUCGACUCCAUACGACACCAAUUCGGUCAUUUCGCACUAUAUAAGCGCCGGUGUACCCAGCAGCAAGAUCAAUCUUGGUCAACCCUACAAUGGCAUUGGCAAGGGAACCUGGGAAGCUGGAGUGUACGAUUUCAAGGAUCUACCACUUCAAGGUGCUACCGAGUACUUUGAUCGCGAGGCGUACGCCACCUAUAGUUACGACAAUUCGACCGCAAUGCUGGUCAGCUACGACACGGUUGACAUGGCACUGGCCAAGGUGAAGUACAUCAAGCAGAACAAAUUGGGCGGUGCCAUGUGGUGGGAAGUCAGUGGUGAUCGGAACGACAGCGGCAGUAUCAUCAGCAAUGUCGUGAGGGAAAUGUCCGGGGCGGACGGAAGGGGCAUUGAGUCAAAGCCCAACUGGAUCUACUACCCGGAUUCGCAGUUUGAUAACGUGAAGGGCGGGUUCAAGGGUUGAGCCCGCGGAAAAAGUGGUCGACAAAUUUCCAUUCCAGUGAUGGAUGGAGAGGGCUGAAAUUGGGCGUCGUGGCAUUCAUGCAAGAAUUAUUGGUGUAGUAAUAAAUGUUGCGACAUAUAUGGUGCAAUUCAUGAAUCGUUCUGCUGC